UGUUUGUUGUUGUUUGAACGGAAAGCGGCCAACAGGUGGCGCCAUUGUGGAGGAAAAACGUCCACCCGUGCCCUGACUUGCGAAUUUCUUUCGUGACCACGCUCGUCUUUUCCCUCUUGAAGUGUUUCCUGGGCCAUUUUAAGGCCAUUUUGACUGGAAAUGUGGUAAACGUGUCGCUCAUGACUUGAGCCACCUCAAAGUCUCACACAUCCAUGGCUGAUAAAAGACAGAAAGUCUGCCAUUUUGGCCAUUGUCAAAUGUCCUCCAAGAAAGUGGCCGAGAUUUUGUCCCCAUCCCAAACGACGAGCGGUUGCUCAUCUGAUCUUUCCGGCCGGGUAGCUGACCCUUCUAACUCGAUGAGUCCAAUGAGAGCUCAAAUGCUUGCUGUGUGUUGCCACGGGCAACGGCUGAUAAUCACAUUUGUACGGAAAUGAUGCCCGGUGACCCCCUCUUUGACGCACAUUUGCAGGCCCAGCUAUUUGGCAGAUCAUUGCUUUUGAAUGGGGGCUGAACCACGGGUGGAAUUCAAACGCACGAUAUGUCGCCCAACUCAAAUGGUGGGAAAACGGCAAAACGACCUCGGGGAUUUUUGCUUGUUGUUCCAUUCUUUGUCCUUUCUGUGUACACAGAAACCCGUUUUGUUUUUAGCGUGGGCCUUUCACACCGACUAUAGGAAGCGCACACACACAUAUUGCUUCAUUUCCUCACACGGUGCGUUUGUGGUUUGCCGACUCUUUCGACACUUCCAUUUGUACCGCAAGGAACAUGAGAGAGCGCCCAGUGACUGUGAGAGGACUGGAAGCCAUUUUGCUUUCAAUAAUAUGACAAGGCACAGGGACGCCGUUAAGAAGUGGGACGAGGCUAUUCAGCUGACUCCCGACGACCCGUUGUUGUACGAGAUGAAGGCCCAGGUGCUGACCGCGCUGCGGGAGGCCUUCCCCGCCGUCAAGGCGGCAGAGACGGCGGUGAAGCUGCGCCGCGUGUGGUGGGAGGCCUGGCAGACGCUGGGGCGCGCCCAGCUCACCAUGGGGGAGGUCGACCUGGCGCUGCGCUCCUUCCAGGUGGCCGUCCACCUGCGCCCGUGGGAGCCCGCCCUGUGGCAGGAGGACCUGGCGUGGGCGCGGACGCUGCGCCGGCGGAAGGCGGCCGCCGGGGAGACGCUCGUCCGGCGAGCCGAGAGCGACCGGCGGCUCGCCGAUCCCCCGGAGCUCGGCGGGGACUUUGACUUUGAGUCGGACGAGGUGGUGGCGGCGUGCGAGGCCGUCGCCCGGCGCCAGGCGGGCCGUCCGCUCAGCCCGGGCGCCCUGGUGGUGGAUGCGGCGGGGAACGUGCUGGAAUCAGGGGCGGACGCGGCGGGGGACGCGGCAGCGGAGCCCUUGCGGGAAGACUUUGUCAAAAUGAGAAGACUCUGAAAUACGCGUCAAGACGUCAUUCGCUUAGUUUCCAAGUCACUCCUAUCUCGCCUUGGCUUUACGCCGGUGACUUUCAAAAGUGUCUGAGGCUCGCUUCCUGUCACUUGGACACCAAAUAAAAGAAAUGCCCUGGAAUCCAAAUGAAA